AUGAGUGAAAUGGAAGCAACUUUAGUGGUUUGUGAAAUGAUAGAUCUAGAACUUAGAAAACUCAUAAAAAAGAAAAAUCGUAAAGAGUGGGUACGUGACUUUAUCCAAAGACCAGGUACAUUUGGAGCAUCUACUACAUUCUGUCGUGAAUUAAGAACUGAAGAUCCAACAAGUUACAGAAAUGUUUUAAGAAUGGAUGGAAAUCAGUUCGAAUAUUUGCUAGAAAAAAUAUUUAGGCACUUCGAAUAUCCAGCAGAAAUAUCCAGAGUGAGGUACUACCAGUCAGCCUUACACGAGAAAAGACAGUAUUUACUAGAUUUAUUAAUAAAUAACAAUAGUUACGUAGCUGAUGUGAUUUCUACGGAGUUAGUGGAGUACGAGAAAAUCCUCGAGGACUCGUUCGUAGCAGGAAUAAUGAGGUUCUCCGAUGACGAAACGGAGAAGUGGACUACCCUUAAAGCUGUGUUCUUUUCAUCAACAGUGCUCACUACCAUAGGUUACGGACACAUCGUUCCUAUGACGACAGAAGGUCGUGCCUUUUGCAUAGUUUUCGCACUUAUAGGAAUACCCUUAACGUUAACCGUCAUUGCUGAUUGGGGUCGAUUGUUCGCCGGCACUGUCUCGACCCUCUUUAAGCAUAUCCCACCACUGCCGUCAAAAUUCAGACACCUAGCGGUCGCAAGAAGGACAUCGUCUUACGCCCUGAGUGCAGUCUGCUUCCUUUUUUUGUAUUUAGCUGUUGGUGCUGGACUCUUCGUCAUCUGGGAAGAGGACUGGACAUUCUUCGAAGGAUUCUACUUUUGUUUUAUUACAAUGACCACCAUAGGAUUUGGGGACUUCGUACCAAAACAGCCCAAGUAUAUGCUACUUUGUACCUUAUACAUCCUCGUCGGCUUAGCUUUGACCUCAACAAUAAUAGAGUUGGUCAGAAGACAGUACGCGCACUCCUGGAGACAACUGCAAGCCCUUAGAGGUCCACUAGCUGAGAAUUUCAGGAAGUUCGCUGAAAAUGCUCCGGGACUUGACGUUCUAGCUUUCCAACAGGACCUGAUGAAAGUUUUGACAGUGGUUACCAUGCCCAAACUGUCGGGAGGCAAAAAAGGCAAGAAGAUUAAAGAACAAGAAUGGGAAAACGCUAUAGAAGCUGCCAUCCGUGAUCUCACUGCUAAUGCUACAGAACACAAACCUCAACAAGUGCUACAAAUUGUUAUAUACGAGAGUUCAGUCUAA